AUCAUUUCCAAUCCCUCUCAAUUCUCAACCCAGUAUUAGAACCUCUCUCUCUCUCUCUCUCUCUCUCUCGAUACUCAGAAACCUAAUCCCCGUAUCGGCCAUUAAACCCAGAAACUGAGCGUUAAACCCAUUUUCCUCAAGGUCCCCUCUAUUUUCACUUCUCCCCUAAUAUAUAUUUCCCGAGAUUUCUUUCCCAAACCACCCCACUCUCCUUCCCUAUCUAUUACCACUCUAGCAACCAUGGAUCGCCGCGAAGGCCAAGCCACCACAGCGACACCAAGCUCGAAGACUGAAGUUCCCGUCGUCGAAGACCCAGAAAAAGACGUCCAAUUGCCAAACUCAAUGGCUAUUCAAACCCUUCCAUCACCUUCAAAACCUCGUCGGAGUCAUGACGUUUUCUUAAGUUUUAGAGGUGAAGAUACCCGAAAAAACUUCACCGAUCACCUUUACACAGCCUUGGAUCAAGCCGGAAUUCGCACCUUCCGAGAUGACAAUGAGCAGCUUCCAACAGGGAAUGACAUAUCUACCGAACUGCUCAAUGUAAUACAAGGAUCAAGGAUUUCUAUUGUGAUUUUCUCCAAAAACUAUGCUUCCUCCACUUGGUGCCUUAACGAGCUUGUGGAGAUAGUUCACUGUAAGAAUACCAUAGGCCACACUCUUAUUCCUAUUUUUUAUCACGUGGACCCCUCGGAAGUCCGAAAACAGACUGGGACUUUUGAGAAAGCAUUUGCUAAGCAUGAAGAGCAGUUUCACACCGAUAUGAAGAGGGUGGGGAGGUGGAGACAAGCUCUUACCGAAGCUGCGAACUGUUUCGGCUUGGAUCUGAAGAAUGCAAACGGGUAUGAAGCAAGGCUCGUCCAGAAGAUCCUUAAAGACGUUUCGCGUAAGAUGUCAUCAAAACGUUGGGAGUCGCGGGAAUGCAACUGUGGUACAAAAACAUAUCUAACGACUUCAUAUACCAAAGACAAUCUGGGAAGGCGGUUUUUUGGAUGCUCUCGAUAUAAAGAAAGAUCACGUUGCUCUUUUUUUGAAUGGUUUGACCCUCCUAUUUGUGCACGCGGCGGCAAGCUUAUACUUGAUAUGAGAAAAAGGAUUAAGAGUUUGGAAGAACAACUUCGUAAGCAAGCGGCAAAAUUAAGGCGUGCACGUGUCCGUUUAAUUGUGUCAUAGGGCUUAUAUGUUGCACUUGUAUGUGUUCUUUUUAUAUUACCUAGAGGAAUUAAUCCACUAUCUUCGCCCUUUUAGUAACAAUGUUUGAGAAAACGUGGCCGGCUGUGGCCACAAGAUUCAUCCACUAUAAUCCUAUUUCUAAUAUAUAGAAUAUAUAGACGACUUUUUUUACGUAGUAACUUUUGUAUAUGAGCU